AUGCCCAAACGACAGCUGCAACCCAUAAUCCUGCACUUUGUUCGACUAUGUACGUACUCAUGCCCAUGUGCGACUGCGCUUGCGCAAUCAGGCUUGCGUAAACUGCAGCUGAUCCACGAGGCGAAGAGAGUGUGCCCAGAUGUAGUCAUCGUCCUCGGCGAAGACCUCACUCGCUUCAGAGAUGCUUCCAAGCACCUGUAUGCCUUUCUGCGCUCCUUCUCAUGGAACUCGCGUUGCGAGAGGCUCGGCUUCGAUGAGCGGCUAGUGUACCUGCCACCAACAUGGUACAAAACGGUCAUGCACGUGCACUGCUAUCGCACAUCCAGAGACCACAUCGUUGGAUCCGCUACAUCUUCGAUUGGCUCUGGGUAG